CUCCCGCCCUCCCCAUUGUGCGAUGUCCGCCAAUCAGCAAACCUAAAUCUACGGCGAAUGGAUCCAAUCAGUACAGGCUCCGGUCGGCGGAGGGAUACACGGUAUAGACGACGGUAUUUUCACUGUGCGGGAUGGAGAGGAAACGUUGGGAAUGUUCAGCUCUGCCGCAAGGCUGGAAAAAGGAAGAGGUUACACGGCGAUCUGGCCUAUCCGCCGGAAAGAGCGAUGUUUAUUACUAUAGCCCCAGUGGGAAGAAGUUCCGCAGCAAGCCACAGCUGGCACGUUACCUUGGAAACUCCAUGGAUCUCAGCACUUUUGACUUUCGUACCGGAAAAAUGUUGAUGAGCAAAAUCAACAAGAACCGCCAACGUUUGCGAUAUGAUGGAUUAAACCAAGCAAAGGGUAAACCUGAUCUGAAUACUUCACUGCCUGUCAGGCAGACAGCCUCCAUCUUUAAACAGCCUGUCACUAAGGUGACCAACCACCCUACAAAUAAGGUGAAGAGUGAUCCACAAAAAGCGGUUGACCAACCACGCCAGCUUUUCUGGGAGAAGAAGCUUAGUGGAUUAAAUGCUUUUGAUAUAGCAGAAGAGUUGGUGAAGACAAUGGAAUUACCUAAAGGGUUGCAAGGUGUGGGUCCUGGGUGCACAGAUGAGACUCUUCUCUCUGCUAUUGCUAGUGCCUUGCACACGAGCACCAUGCCAAUUACUGGCCAGCUUUCUGCAGCUGUGGAGAAGAACCCUGGAGUCUGGCUGAACACUUCCCAGCCCCUCUGCAAAGCCUUUAUGGUGACGGAUGAGGACAUCAGGAAGCAGGAAGAACUUGUGCAACAAGUAAGGAAGAAACUAGAGGAAGCUCUCAUGGCUGACAUGCUUGCCCAUGUAGAAGAGAUCUCGAAGGAUGGCAGUGCUCCAGUGGAUAAAGAUAUUGAGGAUGAAGAGGAUGAGGAAGAUACAAAAGAGCAGGAAACAGAGGAAGUAUAAGACCUGUCUACUGCAGCCCUCAACAAGCAUAUCCUCUGAUACAACACAGGAUCUGAAGCAAAACCCAUCUCUCUCUGCCAUCAUGCUCUGGGUCCAGGACUUUGCAAAGUUUGACAUUUAUUAUUAAUAUGCUAAAAUAGCAAUGCUCAGUUUGGUCUACAGACGUUCCACGUGAUACACCGUAUGUACAAAGAAAAGGAGUAGGUGGCCUUGUUGACUAACAAUGCUUAAAUCUUUGUUUUUCUCUCUCCACAAAAGUAGCAUGUUAAAUUGCUUUGUUAAAUCAUUGAUAGUGUGAGGGUUUUUUCUUGCUUUUGGAAUAGUGUAUAGUACAUUUAUUCAUUAAUAUUUUAAUUAUGAAUUUUGAUUACCUUAAAAGUAGAGCAAUGUGAGUCUUGAUUCUAUCUUCAAAUGUAUGAUCUUGUUUCAUAUGUACAUGCCUGGUGAUACGCCUCGGUGCUGUAGUUGGCAUAUAACUCCAUCUUCAUUCCUGUGGCGCCAAGAUGAUGGAAAUGCCAGCUUCUUGGGGUUUACAGUGCCCAUAGGAUAAAAAGUUAAGCUCUCCAUAUGGUAUGAAGUUAUGGUAUGUGCAAAAUAAAUGGCUAUUCACUUGAAAAAUAUGCUGCACUCAACAUGCUGUUUAAUCGCAGUUCAAACUUGGUGUGUACCAGUUAAAUAAGAACAGAAUGCUUUAACUGUAUUGUGUACCAUGUAUAAUUACCCAUGUUAGCAUGAUGUUGACUGUACAAUAAAUAUCUUUGACAAUGGUCCUUGAAAGGGACAUUUCAGGUGGAUGAUCAUGCGUAUACUCAUAUAAUAUAGGUGCUGUUAAAUUGUUCUAUAAUGGUACAAGUGAAAAGGUAAACCGACCUGUGGAGUUUUAGCUGGUUCCUGUUCCCAAAUGUUAACCAUGCUAAGGGCAUUCAUCUUGAGCUGAUUUGCAUGAUUGUCUCCUUGUUAAUUUUAUUUUUACCCCAAGCAGAUAUAUCUUGGCAGCCUGAUAAGACAUGAGGUCAGUAGUUUGACAAGAAAGCCAAGCUCUGCACAGGCAUUACACAAGCUUAAAAUAAAACCCAAGAUCUUCAUUUUCUAAGAGUAUGUUGUUGCGCAAGAAAUGUCGAAAGUGACAGAUCCAAUGUAAACUUUAGAAAUUUACACCCCACCUCAAAAAAAAAAAAAAAAUGAACACGUGUUUUUGGACUCUUCCCUUCAGCUAAUUAGGAAUACAGCUAUGUGGGCUAACUAAAAAGCUUAAUGGAGCUAAUUCAAGACAUACUGUUUUUUUUUUUUUAUAGAAGUUUGCAUUUAGUCAAAUUUAGAUAAUUCCAUUGUUUUGUGUUUUAAGUAUGCUGUAUGUAUUUAAUUCUGUAUUUUUUUCUUUACCUCCUCUUCGGACAGCACUGUUUUGUGUGUAUUUUUUUUCUUUGUGUAAAUAUUAAAUAUUCUUAAGAAACUAUGAAA